AGUACAGCUCACGCUGUCUUGCCAAGACGCUUUCAUGCGCAGCAGCUGAUAAAGAGGAGAAGCUGCGUGCUGUGGGGUUGCGCCCGUUUGUCUGAGCAUCAGUGUGAAGAGAAGUUGUGCAGCAAACAUCUUCAAUGCCUCCUCAGUACGCACCAAGCCUGCGCUCUCGUCUGGCACCCUUGCUGCUUUUCCUGCAGACUGGGUUUAUCAUCAUAUUUGCUUUUUACACUGAAAUCGAAAGAAAUGGAAACGCUGAUGACUUCAGCAAACGUUACCCAGAGUUCCAGGAUGUGAAUGUGAUAGUGAUUCUAGGCUUUGGCUUUUUGGGCACUUUUCUAGUGCGCCAUGGUUUCAGUGGCUCCGGGUUCAACCUCCUUGUGGCUGCCAUGGCCACCCAGUGGGCCCUCAUACUGAACGGUGUGGAGUCCUUGUACUACAGGGGAAGGCUCAGGAUAGAUCUGAAAAGCUUGAUAGUUGCUGAGAUGUGCACUGCCUCAGCCCUCAUUUCAAUUGGAGCUGUGCUGGGGAAGACCAACCCAGUCCACCUCAUCCUUAUUGGACUGCUCGAGGUGUCAGGGUUCAUCCUAAACAAAUGGCUUCUGCAGUUUCUCCUGAACACCCGUCCUCUGAUCAGCAUCAUGAUGCUUCACAUCUUUGGGUCCUUGUUUGGACUCAUGCUGACAGCGACACUUUACCGUAAAGGCUCAGAGCAGCGAUUUGAAAAGGAGAAAUUUGACACAAAGAUGGGAUUGUUUUCCAUGUUAGGGACUGUUGUCCUCUGGAUGUUUUGGCCCAGUUUUAACUCUGUCCUCGUGGAUGAUCGGACUCCUGGGAGGAAGCUGGAAGCCGUGUGCAGCACCUACCUGGCCCUGGCCGUUAGUGCUGUGACAGCAGCUGCGAUGUCUGUGCUCUCCAACCCCAAGGGAAAACUACACCUGAUCCACCUGCAGUCCUGCAUCCUCGCUGGUGGCGUCGCUGUCGGCGUCUCCAUGUCAGCAGUUCGUCAUCCUUGGGAAGCCAUGAUAAUCGGCUUUGCUGCUGCCAUAAUAUCAUCCAUUGGAUUCCAGUAUCUUAAGAUCCACAUGCUGCUGGCAUUUCAGUGCCAUGACACAUGCGCUAUCUUAAGCAGUCAUGCACUUCCUGGUCUACUGGGAUGGAUAGCGCAUCUUGUCCUGCAGAUCAAAGACUCAGAUGAUCACACAGUAGCGAUCCGGUUUGCUGUAUUUCACAUCUGUAGUCUCCUCAUCACCAUCGCUCUGAGUGUGACGCUGGGAAUCCUUACAGGGCUCCUUAUCAGGUUGAAGUUUUGGAGACCACCCCAGUACAAGAAUUGCUUUGAUGAUCAAGCCUUCUGGGAGUUUUCUCAUCUGGCUGUGCGCAAAUAAGAAGACGAAGACCCCUGUAUAUAAUUUCACACUCUCUCCUGACUUUUAUAAAAUAAUGUAGUGGGAUAUAUUUUUUUGUGUGAGGGAGGAAAAAAAAAAGGAGGAUAAAAAUCGGGAGUGAGGAGUGUCAGACUGAUUUACUGCUCAGUAUGUUUUUAUUGCUGCCAUGGCUGUGAAACACUACCCUGAUGCUCUGGGUGUUACACAAGCUGAAUGGACAGAUGUUGCAUUCAAAUACAAAGUCGCAGCACUGAGAGGACACCCUACAGAUGUGAAACCUCUGUCUGCCAGAGGCUAACUGAAACUCAAUAAAUCUGGAUUGCUGCAAACUUU